AUGCUCAUCGCCGAAGGAGACGACUAUGUGGUGACCGUCUCACUCGCAUUCAUUAUCGCGUUUGCUGUCAUCUUGUGCGGCUGGUCGUAUAGCAACACUACAGCAGAUGAGAUACCCACCAUCAACUUAUACCCUUGGGACUGGGGCCUGAAGAAGGCUCACCAGCAAUAUCUUUUGAACUCGAGAAGCCUGAUCAAAGAGGGUGCCAGAAAAUUCAAUGGGCCAUUUAGGAUUAUCACGGCCCUUGGGUCCAGAGUGAUACUUCCACCAACUUAUAUAGAAUGGCUAAAGGGCUGCCUGGACCUGGAUCACCAGGCUCUUGUUCACCAUGAAUAUUUUGCAGGAUACCCGGGCAUGGAAGGGAUUGGGAUGAUUACCGAUCCCAGACAUAUCAUUAUCGACGUCACAAAAAAGAAACUCAAUCAGAGUAGCCUAGAAUGCAAGUUGAUGCAGGAGCAUAUCAUCGAGUCGUUAGAGGAUGUCUGGGGCAAUGAUCAAGACUGGCAUACCGUUGACUGGUCCCAGAACGCAGUCAAGUUCGUUGCCCGAAUGUCCUCUGCUAUCUUCUCUGGGUCUGAUCUAUCUCGAAACCCGGAAUGGCAGAACCUCAUCAUAACAUACACCAUCAACACCUUCAUGAGCGUCAGAGCACUACGCUCAUACCCUUCUUUCCUCCACCCCCUAGCCCGCUGGCUGCUCCCCGAGUGCAGAAAAUGCCAAGCGCAGGUCCGUCAGGCACGGAAGAUACUACAUCCAAUCAUCCAGAAGCGCACAGGCUCCGAUGAUACCUUCCAGUGGCUUGUGGAUGUUGCUGCAGGACGACCGUUUGACCAAGCUGCGGCACAGCUGGCGUUUGCAGUUGCUGCAUUGCAUACCACGACUGAGCUGCUAAAGCAGACCUUGUUAGACAUAUGCAUGCAUCUAGACCUUGUGCAGCCUAUUCGGGAUGAAGUCGAGGAGGCGGUGAGCCAGCAUGGAUGGACGACAGCUGGAUUGUUCAAGAUGCAGAUCCUUGACAGUGUCAUUAAAGAGAGUCAGCGGCUGAAACCCGGUAUGCUAGUCAACCUUGAACGCAAAGCUCUUCGGGACGUCAUUCUCCCCAGCGGGAUGAAGUUAUCCAAAGGAACCAACGUCGCUGUUGAUUCUUCCGCGAUGUGGGAUCCGGAAAUCUAUCCAAACCCAGCUGUUUACGAUGGAUAUAGGUUCCUUCGGCUACGACAAGAUGGAAAUGGAGCCGCGGCUUUGGUAUCCACAAGUCAAGACCAUUUUGCAUUCGGCGUUGGGAAGCCGAUUUGUCCUGGUAGAUUUUUUGCUGCAAACGAGCUCAAAGUCGCAUUGGCAAAUAUAUUGCUAAACUACGAUGUGAAAAUAGCAGGAGACCGCGAGCCAAAGAUUGUCGAAGUAGGGUUCGAGAUGCUGUGUGAUCCGGAAGCAAAGCUGAUGGUCAAAAGAAGACCGCUGUAA